AUGGUCUGUAUUGCGGAAGAGAUCAAGGAGUCUCGUUCUCCGAGCCCGAGUCCUCCAAACAAGCCAUGUGGCGAAAGAAAUCGUGAAUCAUCAUGGUCAGACUCUGAUGACAACACGGGGUGCCCGCCUGAAGAUUUUAGCCCGGCGAACACGGAAGAUGACGAUUCUGCAUACGACGAAUUGGUGGAAGGCAUCACCAACAUCAUAUUAGAGUCCUCCUGUGUCGGCAAUGUUGAAGACCGUGGCGUCCCCGUGAAACUCUACGUCCACAAUCUUCUGGAACGAGUCCUGAACCACCCAAGGUCACCCAGCGAAAGUCAAGUCCUGUGCCUCCCUAUUCGCAAUCCGCCCACGCAAAACAAUGAGGGCCCAGGCGAUGCAGGUGAACAAGGCAUGGACGCCCGUGGCCAGUCCGGAAACGGCGGCAGCAGUGGCAUGAAGAAGAGGAAGAGUAAUGAAGCAUCUGGCCAUAACCGCAACGGCAGUUACGGAGAUCAAGACGACUUUGAUGAUGAUCCGGGAGAAGUCCAGGCCCACAACCCUCAGAAGGUCAAGAAGCAGAAAACGGGCAAAAGAGGCGGAAAUUUCAGCUGCCCAUUCAGGAAGAGGAACCCAAUCCGCUUCAACGUCCGCGAUCACGAAAGCUGCGCCUUGAAACCUUUCGCGGACUUUGCAUUGCUCAAACGGCACAUCAAAACUUUCCACCAGAAGGCGAACAGCUCGAGCUCCUGUGUCCGCUGCAAGGAACAAUUCCCGGAUCAAGCGGCCCUUAACUAUCACUUGACUCGGCGCAACAUUUGCCCAGUUCGUGAUCCUACCGGAGAUGAGGAUCCUGAGGAGGGCAUAACCGAGGAAAUUGACCGUGCACUGAAAGUAAGAACAAAGGAUGACAAUGUCCGCCUGUGGGAAUCUUUGUGGAAGCUGUUGUUCCCCAGGGACCCUCCUGAACACAUUCCAGGUCCUGAACAUGAACCGCCAUAUGAGCUUGACGAAGUACAGAAUCACUGUUACAAGGGAGAUUCGGUCCGUGAAUUCAUCCGCAAAGAGACCAUAGGUGGUGAGACGGUAAUAACGGCCCAUGGCUUCCGGUACAUGGCUGAAAGCUUCGAGUACUUCUUCAAUAGCGAGUCUCACAAGCCCUCCAAGGUAAGGGUCGACCGGGACAAAAGCUUCCUGGCCAUGGUGGACAACGAGCUCCCCACACGCCAUGGCGCAUCUCAGGCCCAGCAGGUCCAACCCACGGUGGUCUGCGACCCGCCUGACGGGGCCACACAAGCCCAGUGGGAGAAUGGUUUCGACGAUGACCUGUCGCUCGGGAUUGACCUUGGCCUCUACACCAGCCAGAUUCCGUAUCCCACCUUCCCGGUCUAUGCCAGCCACCUCGGCGUCAACGGCUCACAAACGUCCGCCUCGACAAUGCACCCUUCGUCUCAAGAUCCCACGCAGUACGCAGACCCACAAGGCGCCCCCACGGCCUUCACAUAUGGGGCCAUGCCGCCCCAAAGCGGCAGCCCGUGCUCGGCGGCGGGAGGGAGCGCCCACCACUCGAGCGGCCCGUCGUCCCGGAGCCGCGACUCCGGCGACCUGACGCUAGAGACCCAGGAGACGCAGAACACGCAGUACACGCAGCAGGAGCAGCACGACGCGGCGCUUCUUCUUCACAGCCACCACUGCUGCUACCGCGCAGCGGGCGACGACGCGGGGCCCUGCGGCCAGGGCUGCUCGGCCUGCGGCUGCUCCGCGCCGUCGCCGGGCGGCACGCCUGGUGGCCGGCACUCCGCCACCUGCCCGGCAGGCCAGGGCUCGUCCGAACACAGCCUGUACGGCGUCGGCACCAGCUCGUUUGCGCGGCCGGAGUGUCUGGACGGUUCCAACAGCGACGAGGAUCUCGGCCCAAUCCCGGACAUGUAG